AUGGAUGCCUUCAAGAGACCCUCCCCGUGGCGUUCGCCCUCCGACGCAUCGUUGGUCUGCGCGCACCUCGCGGCUCGGCUCAGGGGGGCCCUGUCGCUGCCGCUGCGGCUGAGCAGGUGCUGGAAGGAGCGACACCAGCCCGCGGAGAGACGGGUGGAAGGGCUCGUGGGGCUGAGCCACUGGCUUUUCGGGGUCGCUGCCGACGCCUCCCUUGGCGUUGUCGCGUGCGUGCUGCUGCUGAGGCACACGGAGGCCGCGGCAAGGGCUGCUCACCAGGCUCUUCACCUGCUACAUGUUGACGUGCUAAGCGAAGAGCUAGAGUGGCUCAACUACUUCCCAGCGGGCUUCAAGCUCAACGUUCCCCUGACCCACACCCUGGGGUCUUUGACUCUCGUCGGCAUGGAGGCCUACGCCUCCAUCGUCGGACAGCUGGCCCAAUGGGAGGGCGCCACCAUGAAGGCGAUAGCGAUCUGCGGGGCCGGCGGGGGUCUCUCUACCGCCCUCGCCGUCGCGCACGACAUCCUCAGGCUCCUCACCCUGCACACGGCCACCGCCCACACCGCCUUCGCCGCCCUUCACAACCUGCACAGCUCUUUGCUGGGUUCCCUGUGGCAGCUGUUCCGGGGCCGCAAGCGGAACGUCCUGAGGUGCCGGGUGGACACGUGCAUGUACGACGCCUGCCAGCUGCUGCUCGGCACCCUCGUCUUCACGGUGCUGUCGUUCCUCACCCCGACCAUCUCGGUGUACUACACCUUCUUCUGCAUCGUGCAGGCCGUCGCCGUCGGAGGACAGGCGGUGCUGGCGUGCAUGUUCGUGCUGAUCAACGAGCUGCCUGUGUACCGGUUCCUGCUGCUGCUCACCAGCCCAGAGAGGCUGCUGUCGGGCUUUCAGCUACAGGUUCUCGACGCGGCGCUCCCGCCGCCUUCUUCUUCCUGUGCCCACACCACCGCUGCCGAUAGGGGCGGCGGCGACUCUGCCGGCGGCCUCUUCACCGUCGGUGGUGGCACCGCGGGGGGCGGGAAGAAAGCAGACGGCGGGGCGAGCAGCGGCGCCGUUGUCGGCGGACCCAGCCAGUGUACGUCAGAGCCUCUGCAUGCUCUCUGUGUUGCUUGCGUUUUCUCGGCAAUGUCUCCGUGAUGUUGUUGGUGUUUCAUCCGCAAAGUCCACCAUAGACUGUGACAAGCGUUUUCACGAGCGGGCGUAUUUUUCUCGCUGUGGUGUUUCCAUUUUCUCGCCAAAGCCAGUCCACCAUCGUCGCCUCAGAGAAGUGUUGUCACGAGCAGGCGUGUUCACUUGGUGCUUUUUUUUUUUUUCUGAACGCCGGACAGCAGGAUCAUUCCGUGCCAUGCCGUAGGUGACGUAAGAUAGCACACCUCGUGGACCGAUUACAUCACAACCAAGAGGAUGCCGACUACCAAAAGAUGCGCUUUCGGAGGGCUGAACACGAGACGCAGCCAAUACCACAAUUCUCGUCACCGUCGCUGGUUGUGCUACGGAGGAAUGGAGCUUUGAAAGUCGGUCCAGCGGUGUGGUUUGUUACCCUACGACGUUCGAUUUUUUCUUGGCUAGUUAUCUCGAAUGGGGGUCAUCCCGUCGUGACAAACAUCCGCGUAUGUGUGCCCAUUGUGAUUGAUGACUUGGAGUUUGAUGGGACGUUUUUCCCUUGUUCCCCAAUAUCUCUUGUGUACUUGUGUGCUUUUUUGUCUCCCUUUGAUUUCAGUCAUGUUCCCCUGUACCCCCAUCGCCAGUCUUGAAUUUCGCUGCUGUGCCCCCGCUACCGCAUCGUCUGCAGGGGAAGGCGGACCAAACAUGGUGUACUUCCAGCUUCAGAGGUUAUUAUUGCUGCUUUGCUGUCUUCGCUGAACGACUCAUCAGACUGCAAAUAAUCCGCGGCAACACCCCCCCCUGUUCAUUUCGAACAUCCAUCAUAGAACUCCCGCUCGUCCUCUUAAAUUCACCUCCCCCCCCUCCAAAAAAAAAAGGUGUCGUGCUCCAGUGUCGGCCUUGCUCCAGCCCUACGCAGAGAGAGCCCGCCGCGCUGUGCGCCGCUAUCCUCCGGGGGCGCUCGUAAAAAGCCUCAUCUCCGGGAAACCCAUGCCGGAUGUUGGUUUCCGGGAUUUCGUGACGGUGCGGCCGGGAGGCGUUCUUGGGAGGGGUGGGAGCGACGGGGGCGACGGAGAGUGGGGGGGUGGGGGGGGUGUCGGGGCGCGCGCGGAUGGGCUCGUGCGCGUCUGCCGCUCCCUUUGGCUCGAAUACUGCUACGGUGCUUCUUGAGAAAUUUUCUGUUGUAUCCACGGUGCUGCUACAGUGCUACUUUGCUGCGCAGUUCUUGCUAUUGCGAAGAAGAUUUUCUGCUGCGGAAUAGCCCGCGGGAAUUCCCCAGUUUUUUUUUUAGCCUUGUCUCUCUAUAGUGCAGCUUCAGUGCAGUGGUGCAUGCAUCCGUGCGACGAAGCCCGCCUGUGGCUGUUGUAGUUGAAUGUGAAGCCGGUGUGAAGUGUUUUUGUUGGUGUCUUCUGUUGGGGUUGGUUGCGUGGCUUUCCGGCGGGUCGAAAAAAUAUCGAUCGGUUUUAUGCUUGGUUUUCCGCCCUGUGGCUAGGCAUUUGCCUCGAGGGGUCAGGGGACGAGGGUUAGUUUCCAUCUGUAACUCUCUUCUUGCUGUCCGCAAGGUUUCACAUUUUUUUUUUAAAGUACUCCUGCAGUACAAUCGCGAACGAAUCAGCGCUACAGUCGAAGUGGAUGUGUCAAAAAAUCUGCCGUUGACCGUUGAUCUCGCCUUCACACAGGUGGACCUAUGAUACCUUGCGGCGUUCUCCGUCUGCGACAUCUAUCUGUCGGAAAUUGUCUGUGGGAGAUGUUGGCGAGCGGGAGAGGACGCCUCGUUUUUUCUAUUAGUAGGCAUUUUUUUGCAGUCAAGAAGGCGUGACAAUCGGCUGCGACUCAAUUGUAACGUUCAGAAGGUUGCACGGAACAGGACCGUUAUGCUACCUAAGAACAGGAUCAAAUUUUCACGAAACAUGAUGUCACUAAAC